AAAGACUUCAGUUGAGUUUAACAUCAACAGGUGUUAAAAACGUGUAACGAUUAAAAGCGCUUUAAAAACAAUUUAUAAAUUUAAGAAACGAUCUUGCUAUUUAAAUAGUUUAAAAACGAAAAACGGUUUAAAAAGUAAUAGAAAUAAAAAAUUAAUUACUAAUAUAAAAAAACAAAAAAGAAAUUAAACGUAAAAGCUUUUCCCCACGCCAUUUAAGGAUUAAAGAACCAGAUCAUUCCAAAUUCAACUAAAGAGAAAUAUACGUGUUAAUUAAAAAAAGCCCUUGGAUAUAAUUUGGCUUUUAAAACAGAAUUUCAAAACAAAUAAUUAUUAAUUAUAAGAUUUCAAAACACCCCACUAUGUCACGCCAGUCAAGACUGGUGCUACUGUUACUCCUCUCCAUAGGGGUUUUUCAGUUAGCACUAUCCAGUUCGAUCAAUCCUCUUAAAAUUGUACACGAUGAUAUACCGGACAAUCAAUUGGACCUCGACGAUGAUUUGACUGCUGUAGAAGAAGAAAAACAUGUAAGAAUUUCAACGCCGAAAGUAAAGGAAACACCCUUGCCCACAACAACAAGUGAAAAGAGUCGUAAUGCUAUGGGCAGCAGUACGCAAAAAACUCUUAGUGACAAUAUGUUAAACGAUUUGAUGGAAGCUUCAAAGCAUUCCGAAGCCUUGUCCAAGGAUGAAAGAUUCAAACAGUUAUUGGCUAAAAAAUUAAAUUCAACUGCUAGCACUACAGCAGAGCCUGUUGAUGAUUCUUACGAUGAUGAUUAUGAUAAUUACGAUGAUUAUGAUUACGAUAUGAAUUAUGAUCAAACUGCAACAGCAGCCAAUAAGAAAGCGAAAAACAAGGACAAAUUGGCCAAGAAACCAAUUGAAAUGAAACCCAUUAAGGAAGAUAUCAAGACUUCCACUGCUAAAGCGCCUGUUGAGGACAAUAAGGAAUCGAAUAAUAUUGAAUUCCAUGAUGACAACACUGUCAAUGAAGACGAUGAAGAUGAUGAUGACGAUUAUGAUGAUGAGGACGAUGAUGAAUUUGAGAAUGACAAUGACAUCAAGGAUGAAGAAGAAGUUGUGUUUAGUGAGGAUGUACCCUGUCCACGUUAUUGUACUUGCGAACGUAAUGUCAAUAGUUAUUUGGUAGCCUAUUGCAGUCGCAUUGAUACUGGUACCCAAAAAUUCGGCAAAGAUAUUACCGAUUUGGUUGUAACCGAUGUUGGUCCUAUGUAUCCUAUUCUACUGGGUCCCAAUUUCUUUGUGGACUUGGGUUUGAAGCAUGUUUCCACUAUUAAGAUUGCCAACUGCACCAUUGAGUAUUUGCAUCCGGAUGCCUUUAAUGGUUUGGAUGAAUUAUUCUCGGUCAAUUUCACCAACGUUGGUUUGGCCAUUAUCAAUCCUGAUACUUUUGCCAAGAACAAGAAAUUGCGUUUGUUGACCAUAUCUGGCAAUGAUUUGAGCGUUAUGUCCAGUGUCCAUUAUUUGUUGAAGUCUUCCAGCAUUGAAGAAUUGGAUUUAUCACGCAACAAUUUAAUGGAACUUAAUCCCAAUGCCUUCUCCCAAUUGACCAACAUUAUUUACAUUAAUUUGUCUCAAAACAAUUUACAGAAAAUCCCCGAAGGUGUCUUUGAUAAAUUGGAAACUAUUGAAGAAUUAGAUCUUUCCUAUAACUCUUUGAAAACUUUACCACCCACCAUCUUCAAUCGUACCGCAUUGGCUAUUUUACACUUGAAAUACAAUUCCAUUACGAAUGAUUUGAAAUUCGGUAAUUCCAAUUUGCAACAAUUGGAUUUAAGUUUCAAUCAAAUACACACUGUGCACCAAGGCAUGUUCGAUAAGAUGACCGGUCUAACAAAUUUGAAUUUGAAAGGCAAUGGUUUGACCAAAAUACAACCCGAUUCCUUUAUGACUUUGAAGAAUUUGAGACACAUUGAUUUGUCCAUUAACGAAUUGGAUCAAGUGUCAAGCAUGAUCUUCUUUAAGAAUUCUGAAUUGGAUGUGAUUAGAUUGAAUGACAAUCCCAGAUUGAGUCAAUUGCCUACCGAUGGUUUCCGCAGUUAUAAUGGUUAUUUCACUGUUUACUAUUUGGAUAUAUCCAAUUGUGCUAUUGGCGCCUUGGGACACAAGACCUUCUCUACUAUGCCUCAUUUGGCCACUUUGAAAUUGGCCUGGAAUAAUAUUAACAAUUUGGAAAGAGAUACUUUUGCUAGUUUAAAGAAAUUAAUUGAUUUGGAUUUGAGCAAUAACUUAAUUGCCAAAUUGGAUGAAUUGAUCUUUAUGAAUAACAACGAUUUGACCAAAUUGAAUUUGGCUGGCAAUCCCAUACACAAACUCUCCGUACGCCUAUUCUUGCCCUUGAGUAAAUUGCGUGAAUUGGAUGUUAGUGAUUGUGAAUUGAAGACCCUUUUGACCGAUAACCAAUUUGGUGUGGGACGCAAAUACAAAUUCUAUGAAACUUUGAAAUCCUUUAAUGCUUCCUCUAAUCAAAUCCACAAAAUACACUCUAAUGAUGUGCGCAAUUUCAAGAACUUAAGAAGUCUAGACAUCAGCCACAAUCCUUUAAAAUGCAACGAAGACUUCCAGGACUUUAUAAGCUAUGUUUCCCUUAAUCAUCAAUUGAUGCCACACUCUAUGCCCACUUUGGCCAAUUUGGAAUUGGGCGAUAGUCAACAGAUUGAAAUACAAAGUCAAGCCGGUUGGGCUUCGUUGGCUCAUGAGGUUUGCAAACAUGAAGAUUUAACACACAAAAAGUCUAUGGGCGUCAAUAAAUUCGAGAAACGUUUACAGAAAGCCGAUAAGGAUUUAGAUGAAGAUGCCAAGAACUUAUUGAACAUUAUGGAAAAUAAUAAAUUGCAAAAGAUUUUAAAGGAUUCUCACCAUGAAAUCUUGAUGAAUGAGGAUGAUAUUAAUAAUGCCGAAGAGGAGAAAGAUGAUGAUGAAUCCGAGUAUGAUGAAGAUGAUGACGACGAUGAUGAUGAGAAUGCUGAUAAUAAUCAAGAUGAUUAUGAUGACUAUGAAAAGAAGGCUGACAUAUCUAAGAAGAUUAUCGAUCAUGGCAUACGUGUGGAAGAGAUCGAUUUGAGUAAAGAAACCAAUGAUCGUUUCUUAUUGGAUAAAUUUAUUGCCGAUCGUAAAAAACAUUUAGAGCAUAGCGAUAACGAUGAAGAAGAUGAUGAUGACGACGAAGAGGAUGAUGAUGACAAUGAUGAGGAGUAUAUUAUUGAACGUGGUCACAUUUACUAUAGUGGUUACAAAUUCUUAGUGCCCAUUAUUAUAAUUAUUACUUGUGUGAUUAUUUUACUCAUAGUUAUUGCCAAAAUCAUAUCGAUGGUUAUGCGCAAGCGUGGCGAACGUUAUCGUAUGUCACUAUUACAGGCUCAUACAAAUUCCAUUGUUUAUCAAAAACUUACCGAAGACAUUAAGCCACCCAAAGAGCCUAAACAACCUAAAGUACAUCAAUAUACUCCUAUCAAUCAAGUUUAGAAUCAAACACACACACACACACUCACACAAAUGUAAAAGAAAAUGAAGUCAGCAGAGUGUAGGAUGUAGAAGAAAAAGUGUAGAAGAGAGUAUAUUGUUUUAAUAGGCCUGUUUAAACGGAUGUUUUUAGAGAAGCUACAGCUAAAUACCAGCUAUAUGUUAAAUUAUUAUCUAUGUUUUUUGGCAAAAGUUUCUCUAGCAUCCUUUCAAAAAGGAAGAAGGUCUUAGUUUAUUGGCUUUUGAGUAGUUUUUAGUUUAAUAGAUCAGCACAUCUAAGAGAGGGUUAAAUAUUUACAGUUAUUUUUGUAGUUUUUUUUAAAGAAAAUCUAAAAAAACCAAGUAUUUUUUUUUAAAUUUGAAAUUAAAACUGAUAAUUUUGUAAUCAGUUUUUAUUUAUACAUAUACAUACAUACUAUAUAAAUAAAUAUUUACAUAUUUAAACUUAAGAUGAUUUAACCAAGUUUUCCAACAUUUAAUGAAACGUUAAAACAAAAGACAAACAAAAUUUCUAUUUAAUUUAAUAAAUAAAUAUAUUUAAAUAAACAAAACAAAAAGUAAAUAAAAAAUUAUAUUUAAAAAGAAAAUAGUAUUAAACAAACAUAACCUACAUCUUCAAUAAUUCCUAAACAAUUGUGAACAUUUCCAAAAUACCAACAAAAAAUAUUCCACAAAUUUGUACUUAAUAAUUUUACAAUUAAUUUUUAAAAUGUUAAAGUUUAUUACCGAAAUGCAUUUAACAAAAUUUCAAAAAUCUACACUCCACUAAUCGUUCAAGAAAUAAAUAAAAUUUCCAAUUAUUUUUACUCUUUAAAGUGCCAUGUUUGGUGGUCAUCACUUUUAUGAAAAAAAAAGAAAAUUCUUUGUUGAUAACUCCAAAACUAUAAAUAUUAUUUGCAGUUCUAAUACUAAUUUACUAAAAUCCUGUUUUUAUCUUUUGGGGAAUUUCUGUUUAUUUUUUUAUAACUUUUGUUCUUUAACAUUCAAAUUAUGCUUUCUAUUUUUUUCUAAUUAUAAAUUAUUAUAUUUUAAUUUAAUUAUUAUUAUUUUUCUUUUUCUGUAUAAAAUUUUUUUGCAGUUAUUUACAUUAAUAAUUUAAUAAAUUAAAUAUAAAAAAAAACAACAUAAAACAUUUAAGUUAGUUUUUUUAUUAUUGGAGAUAUGCUUGUAAAAGAAAAUUUAUUUUUAACAUUUAGUUUUAGUUGCUAAAAUCUGUUCGCUUUUUGGAAGACAUUUUUAAAUGGAAGAUUUAAUAAAGUUUUCAAUUUUUUUUGAAUAAAACUUCCAAAAAGUUGAA